CAGCUGUUUUGUUCUGUAGCUCAAAGGUUGUUUUCAGCCGACUGUCCUCGGCUGCAUUUUGUCAGGAACUACGUUCGUUUUACUUUCCCUACAACAUCUUGCAGCAGGGUUCAGGAUGAUGAAGAAGCUCCUAGUGGACGUGGACUGCGGUGUUGACGAUGCUCAGGCCAUCAUGCUGGCGCUGGCCACCCCCAAAGUGGAGCUCCUGGGCAUCACCUGCGUGCACGGAAACACCGCAGUGGAGAAUGUGUGCAAGAACACUCUGCGGGUUCUGCAGGCCUGCAAUAAACUGGAGAUCCCAGUGUUUAAAGGUGCUGACAGGUCUAUCCUUGGGAACAGACUCAAAGCGGGAACCUUCCACGGGAAGGACGGCCUGGGUGAUGCUCCUGACGCCAACAUGCCAGGUCUGGACCAGCUUCAGAAGGAGAGCGCUGUGUCGGCCAUAAUCAGGAUUGUUAACGAAAACCCAGGAGAGGUGUCUCUGGUUGCCACGGCACCCCUCACCAACUUGGCUCUGGCUGUGAGGAUGGAUCCAUCUCUGCCGGGAAAACUCAAAGGACUCUACAUCAUGGGAGGGAACACGGAGUCCCGAGGAAACACCUCAGUGUGUGGAGAGUUCAACUUCACUGCCGAUCCAGAAGCUGCGUACAUCGUGCUGAAUGAUUACCAGUGUCCCACCUACUUGGCCUGCUGGGAGUUUACCUGCUACAACAAGCUGUCUUGGGAGUUUUGCGACGCCUGGUUGGAGCAGAAAACCCACAAAGCUCGUUUCAUGGCCAAGAUCUUCCGCCACAGCAUAGAGGCCUCAAAAACUGAACGCUUCGAAAGAGAGUUUAUCGCUGGCUCGGGCCUUAUUUCCUGUGACUCAUACGCCAUGGCGGCCGCUGUUGAUGACUCCUUCGUCAUAGAAAGCGACCAGUUCCCAGUUAGUGUGGAGCUGGUGGGCACUCACACCAGAGGAAUGAUGAUAGUAGACACUCUGGGCUUACUGAACAAGACGCACAAAGCUUUUAUCAUAAAGAAGGUGGAUAUGGCGAAGUUUAAGAAGAUGAUGAUGGCGGCUCUGAAAUGAGAUUUUGAACUGUUCUUCUUCUGCAUAUUUACCUCAAUGCUGUGAUUACUUUACUAUAAACAGAGUGAAACUUU